UUGCAUGAGUGCUCUGACGCCAUAGUCGAUAUCUGCUUCGUCCAUGGCCUGACUGGGAAUCGAGAUAGCACCUGGACCGCCCGUGGGCAAUCCACACCUUGGCCAAAGGCGCUCCUUCCAGCAGAGCUUAGCAGGGCCAGGAUACUCACUUAUGGCUACGACGCAUACAUAGUGCGAAAGCCAGUUGCUGGGUCAAAUCGAUUGACUGAUCAUGCCACAAACCUCCUCCAUGAUCUGACCGGAAAACGUCGCAAUGCGCCAUCUCGUGCCCUUAUUUUUGUCGCCCACAGCUUGGGUGGUCUUGUAUGCAAAAAGGCCAUUCUGUUCUCACGAAAUAACCCAGAAGCUCACCUCCGGGGUAUAUUUGAUUGCACUAAAGGCAUUGUCUUCAUGGGUACCCCUCAUAAGGGAUCCUGGAUAGCAGAUUGGUCAAAGAUUCCGGCUGGGGCUCUCGGCCUUUUGAAAUCCAGCAACAAGUCACUGUUGAAAGUCUUGGAAACAGAUAAUCAGCUUCUUGAAGCCAUCCAGGUUGACUUCUGGUCAAUGAUCCGAGAACUACGAGAGGGUGGCAGGUGUCUCGAGGUCACGUGUUUCUUUGAAGAGUUGCCACUGCCUGGGGUUGGAAAAGUUGUUUCCAAGGAGUCAGCUACUCUUGAAGGCUAUAUUUCGAUCAGCAUCCACGCCAACCAUAGUGAUAUGGUCAAGUUCAAUUCCGCCAAUGAUACUGGAUUCGUGAGGCUGUGUGGCGAGCUGAUCAGGUGGGCAUCGGAUAUCAGUUCACCAUAUGCUAUGAAUGAGAAGGAUCGCCAGUGCCUUAAGGACUUAUGGGCGACCGACCUUAAUGAUGACAAGACGCGUAUACAGCAGAGUAAGGGUGGCCUGCUGAAAGACUCAUACAUCUGGAUCCUCAAGAAUCCUGACUUCCAGCAAUGGCGUGACAAUCAGGAGAGUCAGCUUCUCUGGAUCAAAGGCGAUCCCGGCAAGGGCCACCGACUCACGUACCAACAACGCCACAGCUAUUCUUCGUGGCCUUAUCUACCAGGUUGCCACGCAGCGGCCAUCGCUCAUAGCGCACGUGCGGAAGGAGUAUGA